AUGGCCAAAGUGAAAUACCAUUUAAUCAAACCGGAAGACAAGGCUGUAAAUGAAACAAAAUGCACUCCUCACGGUACUUUAAAAAUUCUACUAGCUGCUGCAAUACUGCUACUGACCGGAUUAUAUUAUUAUUGUUAUUAUUGUAAUGUUAGUGCAAUUGAGGGAUUCGCACUGCAAACCACACAAAUCGAUAUAUUUAAUACAACUCAUAGUGUUUUUGAGCAUUUUGUUGAGUUAGAUGCAGAUCCCAAAUACUUUAUAAAGACCUCCAAGUGCCUAAUGCUAGUUAUGCCCGAUCUGGCGAAGAAUUAUAGAAAAAAGUCAUAUACAAAGUGUGACAAAAGUAAGGAUCUAAUCACCCCCAAAUAUGAUCACACACAACGCAGCCAUAGUCUGCAUCUGAACGAAGUGAAUAUUACAUGUUGCUAUAAGCAAAUAUUGCGUUGGGGAACUGACACCAAAGCGGACAACCAGUUUCACUUGCAGCCGUGUAGUAACUUUCAUCAGGACUUUGUAGUGCCUCAGCGUGUGGAUGGCAUCAUAACCGAAUGCCGUCGGUUGACUGAUAAAAAGCUGUUGCAAAAAGAUGCCUUUGGAUUUGUGCAACCAAAGGGACAACUUAUGAAUAACUCAUUUGCGAAUGAUUCACUUGAAAGUGAAUCCUUUGAGAGCAGACCCAGUGUCCUGCUGUGGGGCAUUGAUUCCAUGUCACGCAUGAACUUUGAGCGGACUAUGCCCCUAAUGUUCAAGUAUCUGAGGGAGGAAAAUUGGUUUGAGCUGAGGGGCUAUAAUAAGAUUGACGAUAAUACAUUUCCGAAUUUGAUGGCUGUGCUCACAGGAUACAAUCUAACGCGAUCGAUGUCCGUCUGUCGGCCAAACGAUGUCGGUGGCUUGGAUGAUUGCCCUUUUCAGUGGAAGAGUUUCAAGGCGCAAGGAUAUGUAACGGCUUAUGCUGAGGAUUGGAGCGAAUAUUCGACAUUUAAUUUCAAUUUCAAAGGCUUUCAUAAGCCACCAACGGAUUACUAUGCACGUCCACUGAUACUGGCCGUGGAGCGGGAGCUGCCGAAGAUCAAUGAUAUGAAUAUACCCUAUUGUGUGGGCCGUCGCCAUUUUGCAGAGUAUAUUUAUGAUGCGGCAAUACAGUUUACGGAAGUCUAUAGGAAUCAGUCGACUUUCGGCAUGUUUUGGACAAACAGUUUUAGUCACAACAAUUUUAUGUUGCCCUCAUCGAUGGAUACAAGGAUGCUGGAAUAUAUGCGUACACUGAGCGAAAGUGGGGUGCUUGAAAAGUCUAUAGUGAUUUUCUUCAGUGAUCAUGGUAUGCGUUUUGGGCAACUGCGGGCAUUAAAGACGGGAUUUCUGGAGGAAAGGAUGCCCAUUAUGUACAUCUCGCUGCCUCGAUGGUUUAAAAAUAAAUAUCCUGAAUUUGUGCAUAGUUUACAAUUGAAUCAGAAUCGCUUAACUUCUCCUUAUGAUAUCUACGCCACUUUGAAACACAUUCUGCAACUGGAUACUCCAUUAAAUGAUUUGCCACGUCCUGAAGGAUGUCCCCGCUGUCACAGUCUAUUCCACGAAGUGACUGAGACAAGAGAUUGCCGGGAGGCGGGCAUUGCUGAUUUUUGGUGCACUUGCCAAGAACUCGGUGAGAUCUCGAAAAGUGAGCCCAAAGCAAGGAUGAUGGCCGAGCAGCUGGUAGAAGCCACAAAUAAUUAUUUGUCAGAUAAAAAAUUGUCCGACAUUUGUCAGAAAUUGCAACUAAAUAAAAUUGAGUUGGUGCAACGGCAAAUGGUGCAAGGAUCAAACGAAUCCGAGUUCUAUGUGGUCAGAUAUGAGACGAAGCAGGCCUGGGCAAUUUUUGAGGCCUGGGCACAGUGGAACAAUGCGACACAAAAGAUCUCAACGAGUGUGACUCGAAUUAGUCGCUUGACGAGCUAUCGCCAACACUCUGGUUGUGUACGCGAUGCUGUUGCCAAGAAGUACUGCAUCUGCCGGACAAAAUAA